GAACGUCGUAUGCAAUUGAUGCAACAUCACACAGCUCAGCAUCUGUUUGCUUGGGCUGUGGAGCAACUAGCUCAUACCAGCGGGGGGCAAAGCGAUCAACCUGUCGCCCAAAGAGAACUGCAGCACCAAGGUGGUUCUGUUCAUCCAGAUCGCUUCGUGGUGAAUACAACCCUGAUAGAUGCGGUCUCCUCAGUUGCCUUGGAACAAGACCCGGUCAGUCUGGUUCAACGUCUGGAAGCGUUAUGCCGGAAUGUGAUUGACCAGCACCUUGAUGUCCGUCGUGUACAAGCUAAGUGGACUUCAGUGGCACAGGUACGUCAUUUUAGCCCGGGAAGCUUUGGAUUUCCGGCUUUUAUUUUCAAUGAAAAGCAAAUCCAUAGCCCUCCAUUCCUGUAG